AGACCUUCGUUUUUUCAUGAAGCUGGCCUGAUGGGACUGGRAAAAAAUGGUUAAAUGAUCUGUAAACAAGAGACAGAAACAACGAAUUCCAGUCUYCAAUAAUACUUCCACUGAUAUGCAUUAAACUAACAAGGGUAUUAUGGUGAUGAUACUAGGCAAAAGGCAAACAUGGCUUUCAAGGUUCUUUUAUGGUGUGCUGCCUUUCUAGUUGUUUCAUUAGAAGCCAGAAAAGUUAUAGAGGCUUUUGACUAUCAUGGCAAAGUUAUGAAGGUCGAAAAAGAAGUCAAAGACAAAGAAGUUAUCCAGAAGCGUAGCGCUAAUCCAUGUGGGAUGUCAUGUGCACCAGUUUGUGCUCCAAUGUGUACUCCAUCCUGCUGUGCAGCCCCACCGCCGCCACCACCACCACCACCAAUCAUGUGCCCACCACCACCACCACCACCAGUCAUGUGCAUGCCACCUCCCCCUCCGCCACCACCACCAAUGCCAGGUCCACCCGGACCUCCUGGUUGUAUGGGUCCCCCUGGAGCUCCCGGAUGCCGUGGAUUUCCAGGAAUGCCAGGAAUGCCAGGCCCUGGAGGCCCAAUGGGACCAAUGGGACCCCCUGGACCACCAGGAACUCCUGGUGCCCCUGCACCCCCUGCUCCUCAGUGUCCUCCAAUCUGUAUCCAUCAUUGCAUGAAGAUCUGCCCUAUGCCUUGUUGUCAACCACCUCCACCUCCACCACCAAUGGUUUGCCCACCUCCUCCACCAAUGAUUAUGUGCCCACCCCCUCCACCACCACCAAUGCCAGUCUGCCAGCCAUCGUGCGCUCCAGCUUGUUGCGGCAAGAAGUAAACAUCUACCUCAUUUACUGAGGAUACCCAAUUGAAUGGAAAGGAAUAGUUAAUUCACCGACGACCCGCUUUCCAUGGCCAUUUCACCUGCGAUCUGAUUAGACACUAUGUAUUUGUACGUGAACAAGUUUAGCAUAAUUUUAUCUAGAUAAAACUACAUGUAAACAGUAUUUGAAUUACAAAAUAUGCUGAUUAUUAAAAUACUGUGAAUUAUAUUUGAAUAAUCA